AUAAACGCCGCAAGCCGCUUGCAAUUUUGUGGUUGAAAUCAAAAAUUUUGUUAAAAACUUAAUAAUAACUAUAAAAAAUGGUUGGACACAAUGAAGUUGAGCUCUCGGAAGCCGAAGCCGAACAAUACGAUCGUCAAAUUCGACUUUGGGGAUUGGAAUCUCAAAAGAGGUUACGCGCCUCAAAAGUUUUAAUCAUCGGCCUGACCGGCCUCGGAGCUGAAAUUGCAAAGAACAUCAUUCUAUCGGGUGUGAAAAGCGUGUGUUUAUUGGAUAUUGAGAAGCUGAGCGAGAUCGACUUGUAUUCUCAAUUUCUGGCUCCGCCCGACAAAGUCGGCGAGAACAGGGCGGAAGCGUCGUUACAACGCGCUAGAGCUUUAAACCCUAUGGUCGAAGUGAGCGCUGAGACGAAGGCAGUCGAUGACCUGCCCGACAAUUACUUUUCCGCCUUCGACAUCGUGUGUGCGACAGGCUUGAAGCAGGAACAGUUGGAGCGCAUAAACAACAUCUGCCGGGACAACAACAAGAAGUUCCUCUGCGGAGACGUUUGGGGCAUGUUCGGGUACAUGUUCGCGGAUCUGGUCGACCAUGAGUACUCCGAGGAGAUUGUGCAACACAAAGCAGUAAAACGUGGGCCAGAUGACAAUGAGAAGAAUGCACGAGAGACCGUUUCUAUUACGGUAAAGCGCCGUGCUAUAUACGUUCCUCUGCAGAACGCCCUGUCAGCUGACUGGUCGAAACCCGAGCUACGAUCGAGAUUACGCCGCGGCGACCCCUCAUACUUCGUCAUGAAGAUCCUUUUGAGGUUCAGAGACGAAUACAACAGAAAUCCCGAUCCAUCGAACAGAAAAACAGACACUGAAGUGUUGUUGAAGAUGAGAGAUGAACUUGUAAAGGAAUUGUCACUUCCGGAAGGAUUUAUCAGUGAUGCACUACUGACAGAUGUGUUUGGAAUAGUCUCUGGAGCAGCAGCUGUGGUCGGCGGAGUCAUCGGCCAGGAGGUCGUGAAAGCCGUGAGCCAGCGAGAACCUCCACACAACAACAUGUUCUUCUUCAACCCUGUCAAGUGUGUUGGGUUCGUGGAAUUAUAUGGCCAAUAGCAAUGUAUGUAAGUUUUAUAUCUAAGACUAAAUAAAUUAAUUUCUACACUAAAA